AUUCGUCAGAUUUGUUGAGCUCUCUUGUUUAUCUCUUUCUCAUAUUUGUAAUUAUUGUUUUGGGCCUAAAGCCACUGCUUGCUUUAGGGUUGAGCCGCCCUUGCAACCAUGAAGAGCCGGUCUCACCGGCUUCCCGUUGCAAACCCACAGGAUGACUGGAUUGAUGGUUCAUGGACAGUGGAUUGUGUGUGUGGUGUCAAUUUUGAUGAUGGAGAGGAGAUGGUGAAUUGCGACGAGUGCAGUGUGUGGGUACAUACCCGUUGUGUGCGGUAUGUCAAGAGUGAGAAGUUAUUUGCAUGUGAUAAGUGUAAGAAUAAAGCCACCACGAAUAAUAGCGAAGAAACUGAGGUUGCUCAGCUGCUUGUUGAGUUGCCCACCAAGACUUUGACCAUGAAUUCUCCAUAUCCUAACACUCUCCCUAUCCGUAGCCCCUUUAGACUUUGGACUGAUUUGCCAAUGGAAGAAAGGGUUCACAUGCAAGGUGUCCCCGGUGGCGAUCCAGCUUUGUUUUCUGGGUUAUCAUCUGUAUUUGGUCGUGAAUUGUGGAAAUGCAGGGGUUAUGUUCCCAAAAUCUUUAAUUUUAAAUAUAGCGAAUUUCCUUGUUGGGAUAAUGAAACAAGGGACGCCCAUGAUAAUACCAGUGACAAAAGCAAUGAGAUGAUUACUGGUAAUGGUGCUGGUGCUUUAUUCUCACUGUCAAAGGAAAGCUGCUUGUUUGCACCAGUGGUUAACCCUGUUUCCGAGAAGCAUGUUCUUGAGUCCAACAAUGCUAUGGAUUCAGAUGCUACUACUCACUCAACCAAUGAUAUGAAGAAGGACACAGGUUUAUUGGGUCCUAGCAUGAUACAAGGCAACAAGAGUACCAAAGAAGACUGUGGGAUGUCCAAGGAUCAAAGUGGUAAGAAGAAGUCUAAGAUCCUUGAAAAGGAAGGCUAUCUUAAGAAAGAUGCACAUGCUUCUAGACCAGACAGAGGCCCCAUGUCUGUCAAGACAGAUAUUCAGAGAACAAAAUUUGGAAAUUCAGGGGAAGUUUUGGCUGCUGUUGACAUUUUGAAAGGACCUCGUGUACUGGACCAUGACACUACAAGCUAUUCUGACAUUCCAACUUCAAAUGAGCGCUUUUCAAAAGCUGCAUCUUAUGAUGUAUCUAAAUGCUGCUCAACAAGUGAAGCACAUCCCCGAGAAGACAGGAUUAGAAACCACAUUUCUGCUAGGGUUGAGGACUCUCCUAUGGAGAAUGAUGGAGCAGUAACAAAUUUAGAGCGGAGUGAUUCUGCUAGUUUACCUAUGACAGAAGAGGUUGUUACUAAUGUUACCAACAAUAAGGAAGAGGUUGCUGUUUUAUGUCUUGGAACUGAAUCACAAAUGGCGGAGCCCAUGGUAGAAAAUGUUGCAUGUCUUGUCCCUAGCAUUAAAAGGCAGCCAAAUAUUGAAAGUUCAAGUGAUAACAAGGUUAUUUGCUCUUCAAAACUUGAGGUUAAAUUGGAAACCGAAGUCCAUGCUGAUCCUGCAGCCCUUGAAAAUCAACGUUUACUUCCAAGCGAGGGUAAGUUGGAUAUAACAAAAUCAUUGGCAAAACCUGCAGGGACAUCUUCAGGAUGCUUGUCUGAAAAAACUGGAGUAAAUAUUACCACUAUAGUCAAUUCGGAAAAUAGUGACUGUAAAUUAGAGGAAGGCAGUAGAAAGGUAAUGAUUGGUGGUAAUAAUACAACUAAUACUGAUGAAUCACCCAGUGCACUCUGUCAAUCUAAUCAAGAACCUAAGAUCUCUGAAGUUACAGUUGGAGCAAGAAAGAGUUCAGGACACAAACAAAGUUCAAAACCUGCUGAAGAGGCACCUAGAUCAAGCUUAGCAGUUGCGACUUCGUUGUCAGCUCCAAAUCACCGUAAAGUAGUUCUAUCCAUGGGAAAAUCGUCUUCAGGUACAACAAAAUCUUCUGCUCCUGAGAGUCGAAUAUUCUCGAAAGCUCAUAAUCAUGAUUCUAAUGGUAAACCGAGGGGAAUGUCUGGGAGCAAUCUGAGUAAUAAAAGAGAGAGUUCGUCAAUGGAUGCUGGUAGGGAUGAAGAGAGGCGUGAAAGACCAAAGAAAAUGUUGAAAGAGCUCCCAAAGUCAUCAGUUGGUUCAGCAUCAAAGACAUUGCAGUCGACCAAGCUCUCUCAUGCUCCAGUGAAGAAAACAUUAUCAGAAGCAAAGGAUUCAGUCCCCAAUUCUUCUGCUAAGACAUCAACUGUGCGUAGUAACCCUGCUAGUGCACGCUCUGCAGAGUCUUCUAGCUCACUGCAAAGUGAGAGUGCGGCACACAUUCAGAAUAAAGCUGCAGGUACACAUUUGACACAAAAAUGCGAGAAGACAAACCAGCCAAGUUGCCAGCCAUCUUCUAAAGUGAAUACACACCUGAUGCAUCCUCCGUCUUCAUCAUCUCCUGCAGCACUAAGUGAUGAAGAGCUUGCUCUACUGCUUCAUCAAGAACUUAAUAGUUCUCCUAGAGUUCCUCGAGUGCCACGGAUGCGUCAUGCUGGUAGCUUACCUCAGUUAACCUCUCCAACAUCUACAAGUAUGCUAAUGAAGCGAACAUCUAGCGGUGGAGGAAAAGAUCAUGGUUUGACAUCUAGGAAAAAGUCAAAGGACAUAGGCAAAGAUGGUGCAAACUGUUCUCAGGAGGUGGUUCAGGAAACUAAGAAAUCUGAAAGAUCAAUUUCCCUUGGUUGUAGAAGAGAAGAAGAUUCUAUUAUUAAGAGAGAAGGAGACGCUGGAUCAGCAAAAAGUGUGCAGUCUCUGAAGAAGAGUCACACACUUACGUCCAAUACUACUGCAAGUAGUAGUUUAUGUUCCCCAAAUGAGGUAAAUGAGCAGAACCUUUCCGCAAUGCACAAUUCACCAAGUGCAGCUGCUGCUGCUGCUGAUGCAAAAGUGGUUGACUAUCCUUCACAUCAGACAUUACCAGGCUUGAUUGCUGAGAUUAUGAGCAAAGGUCAAAGAAUGACUUAUGAAGAGCUCUGCAAUGCAGUUCUUCCGCACUGGCCGAACUUGAGGAAGCACAAUGGAGAACGUUAUGCAUAUGCAAGUCACUCUCAGGCUGUCCUUGAUUGCUUGCGGAACCGAAGUGAAUGGUCUCGCCUGGUUGAUCGGGGUCCCAAGACGAGUACAAAUAGGAAGAGACGCAAGCUUGAUGUUGAUUCCCAAUUUACUGAAUCGGAGGAUAAUGAAGAUUGCAUGGAUAGAGCUGCAAAAGAUGUCAGGAACAAGACUUUUGAAUCAAAACAGGAAGAGUUUCCCAAAGGCAAGAGGAAGGCAAGAAAGCGCAGGCGAUUGGCUCUUCAAGGAAGAGGCAUAAAGGAUGUGAGGAGGCGGCAUAGGGCUGAGGUUUUCAGUGAUGAGGAGAUUGGCUCAUCCUCUGAAUCUGGCAGAGACAGCAUGUUCAGCGAAGAUGAGGUACAAGGUGGUGAGAUUUCUCCUACUGGAAAUGACGCCUCUGCUAGCUCUGAUGAGAGAGCUACCAUGUCAUAAUUUGUGUUAGGUGUUUUUUUGUUGGUUGGGG